GCGGAAAAGUGAUUUAGUAGGCAUUUUGAAAGCAACUGAAACGGUUAUGUAAAAGUUAAACAAUUCAAAGAAUUUCUUUUAAAAAAAUCCUUAUUAUUUAAAAUAAGAAUUCAUUAUACAUCAUUUUGUAUAAAAAAAAGUGUGUACGAUAAAUUGAUUUGACCAAUUUAGGUAACAUAUAAGUGAAAGUUAUGGCAUAUAUAAUUGAAAAAAUCACCGAACAAUAUUCAAGGAUAUGGGAAUCGAGAGACAAUCGUCUACAUCAUUUACCCUUCAUAUCGAGCCCGAUACCGAUGAUAAUUUUGGUUUCAAUCUACCUAUUUAUCAUUCGAAAUGGGAAGAAAUUCAUGGAACACCGAAAACCCUUGAAAAUCAAGCGUUUAAUUAUCGUGUAUAACAUAUUACAAAUAAUCGCGAACUCAACUCUGUUCCUAGUCGUAACCUACUAUAUCUUCUUUGCUGACACUAAUUUUAGUUUUCGAUGUGAAUUGAGCAAUUAUUCAACGGAUGACGUUGGAAUGUUUGGAGCCUACAUGUCUUAUAGCUAUUUCAUUCUUAAGUUGGCCGAUUAUCUCGAUACCAUUUUCUUUAUUUUGCGCAAAAAAUCGGAUCAUGUGUCAUUUUUACACGUUUAUCACCAUGUGGCGGUAUCUGUAGCUGCUUACAUCUGUGUACUCUUUGCAACAGGUGGACAGGGCAUAUUAUUAGGAUAUUUAAAUACUCUGGUUCAUGCAGUGAUGUACACCUAUUACUUGUUAACAAUUUGGAAACCCGAAAUCAAAUCAAGUAAAACCACAAAGAAAAACAUCACACGAAUGCAAAUGAUUCAGUUCACAAUUUUAGUCGUUCAUUUCGGUCACUCGUUUGUGAUACCCGGAGAUGAUUGUGACUACCCGAAAUUUUUGUCAUUUAUGGGCGUUACACAAAACAUCUUCAUGAUUAUUCUGUUUUCGGACUUUUAUUGGCGCGCGUAUGGUAAAAAAUCAAUACAAAAAACAGAGUAAUUGAAUUCAGUAGCAAAUUCAUAAAAACAAACCAAGUUCACAAGGAAUAUUUUUCUAUUAUUGUACAAUGUAAGUGAUCUAGAAAAUUAGAAAAAUAUUUAUGACUAUCGUUUGGACGUAGAGUUUCUUUUUAUAGUUUUUUUUUUGAAUAAAUUUCUGCAUUAAAGUAGAUUUUUAAA